CCCUCUCUCUCUCUCUCUCUCAUUUUAAUCUUCUCUAGCUCCCUCACUUCCAUCAUUUCCCCGCCCUAUUUCUCUCCAUGAAUUCCGCUGCCGGCCUCCAAUAGUCCACGGAACGGCCACCAAUUGUCCACCAUAUGUCCCUUUCCCUCUCUCCCAGCCGUACACCAUCGCCUUCCACAAUCACCUCUGCUAGCUUUCACCAGAAUUUCCUCUCUCAUUCCCCCUCUUUCUCGGUCCUCUAUCAAAACCCAGGGUGAAAACUGUAAAUUGAAAAUUGUGUUCCUGAAUCUCCAUUGCCUUAGACCGGGUCCAGUCCUAUAUGAGUACAAGUCAAUCACAGAGACUGUCUCAUUUCGAACCAAUCUUGGUCGUUUAAUACUAUCGGGAUAGGUGUUUUGGCCGUUCAGCUUUCAACAGAUUUUUAAGCUACAACUGGUAUGGAUCAUUGCAUUCAAGAUUCCAGCACACUAAGCAUUAAUGAAAAUGCAAUUAGUGUUGUUAGCUGCUCCAACUUUGGUGUUGCGACCCCUCAGAAGGUGAAUUCAUUAGCAGAACUGAUGGAUUUGAGUCUGACACGUAGCGAAGCACCAAACAUAAGCACUGGCCUUAUUUGUCCGCAGUCUCAAAUACAAGGCAAUCAAGGACACGUUUUGCAACAAAUAACAAGUAAGUAUAACCUAAAUUUACCACCAGGACCGGAAGCUGGUGUUGUGUGUGGGGUAGAGCUGCAAAAGCAGUCCCAGAUCAGUCAACAUUUAGAUUUAGUACACAAGAGCUCGACUCAAGAAAAAUGCAUCGAGAAUAACAUAACAAUUUCGAAUUGUGAUGGGGAAAAUGGAGGCAUUGAUCUAAACCAGACACCCCAGCCUAGACCACCCAAGAGAAAUAGAAAGAAACAUCGACCCAAAGUAGUAAUUGAAGGGAAACCAAAACAAACUCCAAAACCUCCUCCUCCUACUCACUCUACAGGAAAAAGGAAGUACGUAUGUAAAACUGGCAUUCAAACUUCAGAAUCCAAAGGCCGGCCACCAUCCAAGAGAAAGUUAGAUUUUGAGUUGGAGAAUGAAUCGGAAAAGAAAGUUAAGGACGUAGGAGGAUUAAACUGCCACCAAGCGGAUGAUAACUUGAACUUGGAUGCUCAUAUAAACACACAUGGCAGAAAGAAACACCAACACCAUGGCGAGACUAGAAAGAAUUUUUUGAAUGAAGUUGCUGUGAGAGACCAUACCUUGAAUGUCAUUGCCAGGUCCUUCAAAAUGCAAAAUGCUAAUACAAACCAAAGUAUUGAUGCAAAUAGGUAUAGGUAUAGGAAUAGUCACUGUAUCAUUCAGGCACCGGAUGCAUACUAUAAUAGUAGACAAUCAACUUUAUCGACUAUGCCUCAACUUGUGCAGGAGUUGAUGGGUGUAACUCAGACUCAAGCUGCUGACAAGCUAUACACCCACUCUUAUCCACAUACUAUCAAAGACUACUCUAACAAUCUAUGGAGCAAUGGUUUAUAUACAAGCGGGGGAAGGAAUGUUGAUAAAGCCUCGUCUGGCCUACUUUCUUCUGUGGUUACAACCCAAGAACAAGACUUUUCUGGACAAAUUGGAAGCAGCCCACUUGCGUUUGCGUUUGCACCAACUUAUGACAUUACACCUCAGAAUAUCUACACAAAUCAAGACAAUAUAUCCAACAACCUCACUCCUAAUUGCUUCACCAACUACCCGCAUUUCAGACACCGCCAAAAGCUGAAUUUUUGUCGGCCACAAAGCACAUACCAAGAAAACAACAAUACCAACUUUAUAAACCAAAAUGUGGGGUCUGCAUCUCAAACAAAACCUAAAGUCAUUCCAUUAAAUGAUAAAAUUAAUUCCACUGGCCGUCUUGAGGUGAGCAGACAGACUGCUGCUGCUGCUGGACAGACAUCAUCUAACAAAAGGUCACAGUCUCAAGAGCAGUCCAAGAACAAAAGAAAUUACCGGAAUUCAGUCACAGCGAUACAAGAAGAGAGGUUGUUUUCUGUUGAUUACAUUACAAGGCUUUUGAAAGACUUAAACAUCAGUAACAACACACUUGUUCCCUACAAAGGAGACGGUGCUAUUAUUCAGUAUGAGGAAAUCGAUGUAUUAAAAAAAAGGCGGGCACGAGCUAGGGUGGACCUUGAUCCUGAGACAAAUAGGUUGUGGAAUCUUUUAAUGGGUAAAGAAGAAGGUAAAAGUGCGGAAAAAAUGGAUACUGGGGACAGGCGAUUCUCUAAGUGGAAAGGAUCAGUUGUUGAUUCUGUGAUUGGGGUUUUUCUCACGCAAAAUGUUUCCGAUCACCUUUCCAGCUCUGCUUUCAUGUCUCUUGCAGCAAAGUUCCCUUUAAAAUCUACAACUGUAUGUUGCAAAAGUCCAUUGAUUGAACACCAUGAGGUUCGAAUAACACAUCCACCACAUGAAACUUGUUACGAGGACAAAAUUCUAAGGGAACCAGAAAAAAAAGCCAUGACCCAUUUAGUCGACCAUCAUACCAAGGACUUUGCACAAACUUAUUCAGAACCUAUUGGUUUUCAAUCAUAUGAAACUGAAGAUGGGUUGAACCUCACCAAAAAAUGUAAUUAUCGAAAUGCCCCUCAACAACUCCACCAAUAUCUGGGAAGUUUAAAUGCCGACGAACCUUUGUUUUGUCAUCAGCAAUUACAAAAUGCAACACACAAGCAAAAUGAAGGUCUAGCAGAUUAUCCGUAUCCUCUUCUCCCAUCUGCUAAAUACUGCCCAAACUUGUCGUUGGACCUGGAAAAAUGGGAAGAAGAUGUUCUUGCAUUCUUAGGAACAGAAAGCAUAUCAUCUUCUUUGGCUUCAACUUAUUUUGAAAUUACCACGGGAACAGUAGGUGUAAAUCACCCACAUUAUGAUUACAUAGGGCAGAGUUCAGAAAGUAGUUUUACCAGCAGACAAGAUGACGCCCAUAAAUUUCAACAAUCACCAGUAAAUAUCAAUAAUGCAACUCCAAACAAACAUCCUCCAUUGAAAUCUGUCUUUUCAGAUGACCAACAUGUCGAAAUUCAUAAGGAGAUCGCAUUUUUAUCUGACUCCAUGAGGCCUGCUGCCGAAUCAUUAAGUACUUGGACGAGUGGUAUAGAUAUAUGUCAGAAACACACUGAUGAUACAACACCUGAACCAGCUAAAACGGGUGAUCCAUUAAAUUCUUCCCACAAACAAGCCACUAACUUGAGCUCCGCAAGAAAACGCAAGGUUGAGACAGAAAAGGUGGAACCAUUUGAUUGGGAUAGCUUGAGAAAGCAAGUGCAGUCAAAGGAAGGAAGACGCAGGGAGAGAGAGGACUCUCUAGACUAUGAGGCAUUACGAAAGGCUGAUGUUCGUGAGAUUUCAGAUGCGAUUAAGGAAAGGGGCAUGAACAAUAUGCUAGCUGAGAGAAUGAAGAGUUUUCUCAAUCGCCUGGUGAGAGAUCAUGAAAAAAUUGACCUUGAAUGGUUGAGGAAUGUUGAACCAGACAAAGCCAAGAAUCUUGCAUUGAGUGUUAACACCACUCCACCACCUGUGGCUGUUAGGUGGACACAAAUGUUGGACGCAUUGCUGUUCGACUUGGUUGGGUUCCUCUACAGCCACUUCCUGAGUCACUCCAAUUGCAUCUUCUUGAACUGUAAGCAUAUUUAUCCAGUGCUUGAAUCAAUUCAGAAAUAUCUUUGGCCAAGACUCUGCAAGCUGGAUCUGGAGACUCUGUAUGAGUUACACUAUCAAAUGAUUACUUUUGGGAAGGUUUUCUGCACAAAGAGAGAACCAAAUUGUAACGCUUGUCCAAUGAAAGGGGAAUGCCGACACUUUGCAAGUGCAUUUGCCAGUGCAAGGCUUGCUCUUCCGGGCCCUGAAGAGAAAAGUAUAGUUAGUUCCGCUGCUCCAGUCACUCCCAAUAGAAGACCUAAUAUGAUAAUCAGCAUAGAAAGUGGAAGAGAGUUGAAUGGGAGUUGCCAACCAUUAAUUGAGGAACCAACAACCCCAGAGCCACCCAUCACUGAGGUUUUAGAGAGAGAUAUUGAGGAUGCAUGUUAUGAGGAUCCUGAUGAAAUACCUGUUAUAAAGCUUGAUGUUCAAGAAUUCACCUCAAACCUACACAACGUUAUGCAGAAGCAGUUGGAAAUGGGAGAAGCUGACAUGUCAAGAGCUCUAGUUGCCUUGAGUCCUGAAAUAGCUUCUUUACCAAUACCCAAACUAAAGCAUGUCACUCGACUGCGGACAGAGCACCAAGUAUACCAACUACCGGACUCACAUCCACUUCUCAAAGGGAUGGAUAGACGCGAAACUGAUGAUCCAAGUCCUUAUCUUCUUGCUAUAUGGACUCCAGGUGAGACAGCAGAUUGUAUUCAACCUCCAGAAAGUAGAUGUAUUUCUGAGGAAGGUGGUGGUGUGUGCAACAAUGGAACAUGCUUUUCAUGCAAUAGCACAAGAGAAGCUCAUGCUGAAACAGUGAGAGGGACAAUUCUAAUUCCUUGCAGAACAGCAAUGAGAGGGAGUUUCCCUCUCAAUGGCACAUAUUUUCAGGUCAAUGAGGUUUUUGCGGAUCAUGAAUCCAGUGUGAACCCUAUACAUGUGUCAAGGAAUUCAAUUUGGAACCUGCCAAGAAGGACAGUUUUCUUUGGGACAUCUGUCUCAUCAAUUUUCAAAGGCCUAUCAACUGAAUAUAUUCAAUACUGCUUCUGGAAAGUUCUCGAGGCUAAGGAGGAGGUCGUGGUUGCGGAGGCCGAUGUCUGCGUCAAUGGCGACGACAAAGAAGUCGAAGCGCGCGAGGGAGAGGCCAAUUUGGGCAGCGGUGCUGGUCUUGCCGCCUUUGCUGGAGGUGAUGAACUCGACGCGGGGGGUCUCGUCGGAGAGCUGCAGUUUACAAUUGUGCUGGAGGAGGGCUCAGAUUGGGACGUGGGCGGCGACGGCUAUGGUUUUGGGUUGUGCUGGAGGGCUCGGAUGGGGCGGCGGCUAGGGUUUUCGUCGACCUCCUGA